AUGAUCAGAAAUUUCUGUGAUGGAAUGAAUUUUCCACACUUACAUUGGAUAUCCUAUGGAAACAGCAGGAAUGAUUUUGAAAUCGGAGACGAUGGCCGAAAAAUUACAUUAAUCAGGAAAUCAGGAUCAAACAUCUUUGUAUAGAUUUUUAUAAUAAUAACCCAGUUUAUAAGAUAUAUAUCAUUUUCUAGGGAAAUUUUGGGAGAAGCUCUAUAUCCGCUUAUUCUAAAGAGAGUUUUCCACUUAAAACAGUAAGCUAUUUUGAGGUACAAUAUACAAUGCCAACCAAAGGAAGGACUUUUACACUUAAAGAUCAGAUAAAAAUUGGCGUUUGCAUGAAUGUAGAAAAUGAAUUAUCUAAUGCUUUUUCAGAUCACUCAAAUGGUUGGGCAUUCUAUCCUUAUGACUCAGCCUUAAGGCACCAAAGUAGUGGCUCAGGAAUUAAAUAUGGCAAAGAAAUUAAAAAUGGAGGAACAAUUGGUGUAAUUGUUGAUAUCCUCUUGAAGUUAAGGCUACGCUGAAUAUUAUUUGAAAAAUAUUAUUUUAUUAUUUUUUAAGUUUAAUGAAUUUAUCUUGCACAUUCAGUGCCUUCUAAGUCUACUUUACUUGAAGUUCAGCUACAACAACAGCUCUGAACAACAGUAGGUGAAUCGGCCAAACCGUCGAACCCUUAAGUUAUUAAGCCCUUUUUUAGACUUCUCUAAUCAGUGCCAGCCUCAGGACAGAUCACUUCUCUUCAAGCCGAGACUCUCAAGAAGCCAUGACUUCUCUCACUAAGCUCGGUUAUGGGUCUAGCCUGAUGGAUCAGGUCUAGGGCCCCAUCUCUAACUGCCAUUUUAAAUAUUGUGAUUUUAUUAUUAAAUUAUUUUGUAAAAAUUAAGCUAAAGUAGCAUACUUUGAAUGGUGAAAUUAGCUUUUGCAUUGAUGGAGAAAACUUUGGUGUUGCUUUUAAAGAAGAAGCUUUUAUUAACAAUAAGCUAUAUGCUGCAAUUGCAGUUUUAGAAAUUGGUACUUGCUUUGAGCUUGCUACUUUGGCAGAUAAAUUGUGGGAACGAAGAAAAGGGAUAAUAUAUGCUAGAAUGAUAUGCAGGCUCCCCAUUUUUAGGAGGCUGCCGGAUGGGAUUUUCCGUGAGAUUACACAUUAUUUAUAAAUAUAUAAAAUUAGAUUGAGUAUACUGCAUAUUUAAGGCCCCUUUAGUUCUACGGAAUGGCAUUCUGCGAGGCUUUGAGCCGCUUGACGGCACAAGAUAAAUGGGGUGGCUUCCACCUCUGGCAACUCCAAACCCAGGCCAAACCCCUGGUUUCUCGGCAGUGGCUGCCCUUUGGGUAGAUGAGCUUUGAAUGGCUCCACCAUUUCCAACUUGGCCCUUCGCCUGUCUAAUUAUCUUGCCCUGCCCAUCAUUCUCUGGCCAGAUCGCCCGAAGACCCUUAACUGGAGAGACUACCUAGAUAAGUGAUUUAUAAUUUGCUUCCCAUUUUUCAGAUAUCUCUGAAAAAAUACUCAACCGCUUUCUCGAUUUGGGGCAAAACGCAGUUUCAGCUUGAACAAGGAAAUCACCUUGCUCCAUCUAGGGUGGUGGCUUGGUUGCUGCUGGCAAAAAGAAGUAAGAAUAACUGUCCAUUGGAUCUGGGCACUAAAAGUGGAUUUGUGCUUGAGUUCCUGCUUCUGGACGCCAGAUGUUUCUGGGCCAACUUAUGGCUCGCAAAUGACUAACCGCCAUGCAAAAGGACGGUCAGACAUUUUAGCCAUUUUAUGUAUACAA